GGAGGAAAUUUAAAUUUUGAAUACUUUUGAAUCGCCCUUCUUAUGGACAUUUAACAUUGCAAAUCGUUUCGAAUCGUUUCUUUUAAUCAGGGCCCACUAUUCCAAUCACCAAUAAUUCAAUAAAGAAUUUUUACGGCUACACCGCCACCUGGACUUACUCCUUAUACGCCGUUAAGAAUCGAAAAUUUCCGAUGAUUCCCAACUGCGAUUAAAUCUCUAGUUUUGGAAAGACUUCAUUUAUAAGAUAUUUUACACAUAAGACAACGAGUUAAACCCGAAGACAGGCUCGUGUUGACAUAACGAAGAUUUUUGAAAAUAUAAUCACAUACUGGCAACUUUGCAUAAACUACGGCUAACCUAAAUGUUAUCUCUGUAAUAUUAAUCAUAUAUUAAUUUUGUUCAUUGGAUGGCAUUUCCAAAUAUUAAACCAAAAUAAUUAAAACGAUAAUCAGAAUUUUAUCAAAAGAAAGAUAAUUGUUUUUUUUUUUUACUGCAUCAGCCAACGGCGAAAUUCAAUUCCCAGAUCAAAACAGUAUACAAAAUUCAUCAAAGAAAAGUGUGCUAUUCACGAUGAGUGUUGAUUCAAUUAAGCCUGCAAAUUAUGUUAAAUUUAUUUGGCCAGUUAAAUUUCUUACUGUUGCCAAUGAACUUUAUUCUGAUCAAUUUAAAAUUGAUAAUCUUGAAAAUGUUGUUUUUAGUAUUGGUUUAAAAUUUAAUGUUCCAUCAAACACCUCGAUUUGUCUAUGGGUAAAAAAAUCCAAUUCUGAAAUAGCUCAUGCUACUAUUAAUAUAUCAUUUGGAAAUACCAAAUCAACAGUCGAAGUUCUUGAUUGGAAAGACUAUUGCCAUUUUGAAAGUAUAAAACUUACUGGUGAGACCGUUACACGAAGAUUCACUGGGGACUGGCACGAAAAUAAUCAUUUUCACGAAACCAACAUUACGUGUGAAAUAUUCUGGAAAAGUAUCAUAAAAAAUCCACCUCACAAUAAUUUAUUCGACGAAAUGAAAAUUUUUUACAAUUCUCAAGAUUUCAGUGAUGUAACGUUAGUUGUUGGUAAGGUCAAGAUUCCAUCCCACAAAGUUAUAUUAUCUGCUCAUAGUCCAGUUUUUUCAAGAAUGCUGCAGUCGGAGAUGCGAGAAUCAAAAGAAAACAUUAUAAAUAUCAAGGAUGUCGACGCUGAAAUUAUAUUAGAAAUGUUGCAUUACUUUUAUAAAGGAGAAACUAAAGCGAGUCACGAUAGUGAAAUAGCUUUAAAAAUUCUUGAAGUCGCAGACAUGUACCAAAUUACAAAACUAAAAGAUAUUUGUGAAGGCACUUUGUUAUCAAAUAUGACUGUUGAUAAUGUUUUAUACAUCUUAGGUGCUGCAGAUGAUCACAACGCUGUUGAUUUACGUAGCAGUGCAAUGAAAUUUAUCGUUUGUAACAGCAAGAAAGUUUUUGCAAUCAGUAAAUUUAAAGAAUUUUUCUAUGAAAAUAAAAAGCCAGACUUAAUGUUCGAGCUCAUGCGUGCUGUUGGUGAUAAAUAAUGUCUGGUCUUAUCAUUUUAUUUUCUCUAUUCUUAUUAUAAAAAUUUAAUAUAACUAUUGCUAAAAGUUGUUUCUUAUUUCAAAAACUAAUAUAUUAUUGAUAAAAAUUAGUCAUUUAAAUAUGCGAACAUAAAUUACUAAACAAAAAUUAUAAGAAAAUAUUUAUAACUACAUUACUUAUGUAGUAUUUAAAUAAUUAAUAUUUUUGUAUGUUCCAUAGAAUAAAAUUCUUUUAUCUUAAAAUUUACUAA